UGGGAUGAAAUAUUUACGGGAGUCAUUUCGAGAAAUGAAUUGAAAAGUAGAUCGACUGGAAAAUACACUUUUUGUAGACAAGCUGGAGGCUCGACACAUCUGAAAUGAAGAAAGUAUUUCAGCUGACAGACAAGACCCAUGGUCCAGGCCCUCUCAGGUUUUGCUGGCAAACAACUCUUGGAAAUUAUCUGGCCACCUAUGGCUCCGAUAACAACGUUCACAUCUAUGAUCGUCAUGGUGAGCGUAGAGAUGAAAUCAACUUACCAGGAUCCUGCACUGGCAUCGGCUGGGAUAAAGAUGGCGACACCUUGGCCCUGAUCUGCGACAAGAGCAGUGUGGUGUUCCUCUGGGAUGCCAAUAGCCAUCGCAAGUCUCAGGUGGACAGUGGUUUCAAGGACACAUUGACCUACCUGCUCUGGUCAAAGUCUGGACCUCAGCUAGCCAUCGGAACGGUCAAGGGCAAUCUUCUUAUCUACAACCAUCAGACUUCAAGGAAAUUGCCCAUCCUUGGUAAGCACACCAAGAAGAUAAUCUGUGGGGCAUGGAGCGCUCAGAACCUACUUGCUCUAGGAAGCGAGGACAGAACAAUCACAGUCAGCAACCAAGAUGGGGAUACCAUAGCAACGACUGGAGUGCGGUUAGAUCCAUCUGACAUUCAGUUCUCAGAGAUGAAGGUUGAUGAGAGAACAUCAUCAGGAGAGUCUACGAUAAGUGUGAUUGUUGGAAAGAAAACCUUAUUCCUGUACAACCUGGACGAUAGAGACAAUCCUAUUGAGCUUGCCUUCCAGCAGAGAUAUGGUUCAGUGGUAGCAUACACAUGGUAUGGAGAUGGUUACAUCAUGCUCGGCUUCUCCAAUGGUUAUUUCAUCGUCAUCUCAACUCACAUGAAGGAGAUCGGUCAGGAGUUAUUCCAGGCCAGGGACCAUAAGGACUCGCUGACCGGCAUCGCCAUCUCACUCUCACUCAACAAGGCAGCAUCAUGCGGGGACAAUAGCAUCAAAAUCCACGACCUGUCCGACCUGAAGGAGCUCUAUGCCAUCGUCAACCUGGAGGAGGAGACCAAGGGAUUGACCGGUAUCGAAUGGACGGAGGACGGUCAACUCCUGGCCAUAGGAACCCAGAGAGGCUUCAUGCAUGUCUAUCUGACCAAACUGCCUAUCCUAGGGGACUCCCAUGGCACGCGGCUGGCCUAUCUGACCUCUCUGCUUGAGGUCACGGUGGUCAAUCCCAUAGAACAGGAGCCUGCUGUUCCCAUAGCUAUUGAGGUAGAGCCCACAUUCGUUGCCCUUGGACCGUACCAUUUGGCUGCGGGGAUGAACAACAGAGCCUGGUUCUAUAUUCUCAGUGACAAAGAUUAUUACAGCAUACAGACCAUGCAGGCAGGAUGGUGGCCUGAGAAGUUAAAGGAUCGUGAGUACCUAGGUACGAUCAACAGCAUGUGCCUUAAUGCUGACUAUGCCGCUGUGUCCUUUGAGAAUAAGGUCCAACUACAUCUGAUUCAGAUUGAGACAGAAGGAGUUGGUGAUAAUGAGGAGAGAGAGACCAGAUUAUUCCCGGACAAGGAAAGCAAUGGCAAGAUAACAUGUCACACACUCACUGCAGACUUUCUCAUCUAUGGUACCCAUAACGGUGAGCUGAUGUACUUCUUCAUCGAGGACUGGCAGUUUGUGAAUGAGUUCCGUCAUGUGGUCGGCAUCAGGAGAAUCUUCUCUGACCCCAGCGGAACCAGGCUCGUCUUCAUUGAUGAUAAGAGUGAUGGAUUCGUCUACAAUCCUGUCAAUGACCAGACUCUGGAGAUCCCUAACUUCUCGCCAACCAUCAAGAAUGUUUUAUGGGAGAAUGGCUAUAACUACAAGGGAAUCUUUGUUGCCUAUGAUGAUGAGAAGGUCUACUCUUAUCUCUACUCCAGGGAGACUGUCAAUGGUCCUGCAGUGAUUUUAGUUGGUACCACCAAGCUGCCUUACGCCCAGCAGCCCUUGAUGCUGCACAACGGUGAGCUGGUAUGUCAGACCCAGAGUGGUAAGACCACCAGUGUUCAUCUCAGCACCUACAACUUCCUAGAGCGCCCUCAGGACUUACCACACCCAGAGGUUCGGUCGGCUCUGCAGAAAAGCAUUUUGCUUCACCAGUACAAGGAGGCUUGGAUGCUGUGUCAACUUCUUAACAGCAAAGAGGCAUGGUUAGACCUGGCUAAGGAUGCUAUCACUCAUGCUGAUAUCGAGUUUGCUCUGAGAGUGUAUAGACAUAUAGGAGAGGCUGGUAUGGUACUUUCCCUACAGAAGAUCACGGGCAUCGAUGAUCGUAACUUGCUGUCUGGUCACCUGGCUAUGUACCAAGAAGACUUCAAUCUAGCCCAGGACCUGUUCCUAGCCUCUAGUAGACCCAUCACAGCCCUAGAGAUGAGGAGAGACCUGCUGCAUUGGGACCAGGCCCUCAAGCUGGCCAAGACCCUAGCCCCAGGACAGAUCCCAUACAUCUCAAAGGAAUAUGCCCAGCAGCUUGAGUUUACUGGUGACUAUCCCAAUGCUCUAACCCAUUACGAGAAAGGUAUCACCAGCAAAGAACAGGAGCGUGACCACGAUGAGACAUGCGCUACGGGCGUGGCUCGCAUGUCAAUCCGUAUCGGUGAUAUCAGGCGUGGUGUCUCCAUGGCGAUGAAGAUGAACAACCGAGCUGUGAAGAGGGAUUGUGCAUCUAUCCUAGAGAGCAUGAAGCAGUACUCAGAAUCAGCUCAGCUUUACGAGAGGGGAGGCUACCCGGACAAAGCAGCGUCUGUCUAUAUCAGAUGCAAGAAUUGGGCCAAGGUAGGAGAACUGCUACCCCAGAUCACAUCUCCCAAGAUCCAUACCCAGUACGCCAAGGCUAAGGAGGCUGAUGGGAAGUAUAAGGAUGCUGCGCUGGCCUACCAGAAUGCCAAGGACUGGGAUAAUGUCAUCAGAAUCCAGCUAGACUAUCUGAAAAACCCAGAAGAGGCUGUGCGUGUGGUGAAAGAAUCAGGAUCAGUUGAGGGAGCUAAGAUGGUUGCCAAAUUUUUCCAGAAGCUGAAUGACUACUCAUCUGCAAUCCAGUUCUUGGUGAUGUCACAAUGUAACAAUGAUGCCUUUCAGCUGGCACAAACCCAUAACCAGAUGGAAGUCUAUGCGGACAUCAUUGGUGAAGAUGCAAGCCACGAGGACUACCAGAGUAUCGCUCUGUACUUUGAAGGAGAGAAGAACCACCUGCUAGCCGGCAAGUUCUUCCUUCUCUGUGAACAGUACCAGAGGGCGCUCAAACACUUCCUGCGUUGCCCCAAUACAAGGGACGACAGCCAAGCCAUUGAGAUGGCCAUCGAAACGGUUGGAAAGUGUAGAGAUGACCAGCUGGCCCAUCAACUGAUAGAUUAUCUGAUGGGAGAGACAGACGGUAUACCUAAGGAUGCUAAGUAUCUCUUUAGAUUAUACAUGGCUCUCAAGCAAUACAGAGAGGCUGCUAGGACAGCUACCAUCAUCGCUAGGGAGGAACAGAUUGCUGGUAACUACAGGAAUGCCCAUGAUGUCUUGUUCAGUAUGUACACAGAGCUGAGAGCGCAGAAGAUAAAGAUCCCUACCGAGAUGGCUAAUAACCUCAUGAUUCUACAUAGCUAUAUCCUGGUCAAGAUUCAUGUGAAGAAAGGUGAUCAUAAGAAAGGCGCUCGGAUGCUCAUCAGGGUGGCUAACAACAUCAGCAAAUUCCCAGCUCAUGUUGUACCUAUCUUGACAUCGACUGUCAUCGAGUGCCAUCGGUCAGGUCUAAAGAACUCGUCCUUCAGCUAUGCUGCCAUGCUCAUGAGACCAGAGUAUAGGAACUCGAUCGAUCUCAAGUAUAAGAAGAAGAUUGAGGCCAUAGUCAGGAAACCUGAUAAGACGGAGGAGGACGAGCCGACUAAACCUUGUCCUAACUGUAAAUACGAGCUGGAGGAGACGGAGCUGUCCUGCCCAGACUGUAAAAACACCACCCCAUACUGCAUUAUUACAGGCCGUCACAUGGUACGUCAGGAUUGGGCAGUCUGUCCUAAGUGUGAUUUCCCAGCCUUGUAUUCAGAGCUUACAAGCUUCUUGGAAUCAGAAGACACAUGUCCGAUGUGUUCAGAGAACAUCAAAGCGGGUCAGGUAACCAAGAUUAGUGAUCCCUCGUCGUAUCUUCAGGCUCAGGGAGAGGAAUGAAGUGAACCUAGCUAGUCGGAUCACAAGAAGAGACCAACUAUCUCACAUGGUUGAGAGCUAGCAUCUCCCAUACAUACUCAACACUGCAGUAUCUCAUACCUAUUCAUGUAGUGGAUAGUUUGUAUUAAUUUUAAUUUUGUUAAAGCCCCACUGCACCACUUAUAAACCUGUAUCUACUUGCGUCCUCUAUAUAGCACACAAUGCCUAAUCGGUGACCAUUGGUCCCUCAUGAUCCUCUUUAAAAAAAUGUUAAUUGAGAGCUGAUUUGAUGAGAUAAAUCUGUCAGUGACCAUGCAGGGAGGUCUAAUCCCUCCUGGCCAAACUAGUGCAGUGGGGCUUUAAUGAAAAACCUCCAUUAAAGAGAUUUCUCAAAGUGACAGAAAAGUGAAUGUGGAUAUAGCUGCCAACCAUUCCUGUUUCGGAGGAAUGGUUUUUCAUUUCGGGGCCUUCAAACUCCUGUUAUGAAUCCUAGAUUCCUCUUAUUGUCUGAGAACUGUGUGAAAGCAUACAAAAUGCAUUGUAUUCUUAAUGUUACCUUGAGAGAUUCUUAGUUUGACUGUGGAAGGUUGGGGUAUGGAUAUGUCCAGAUUUUAUGAAAGAACAGUGACUUAUGAUGAGCAUGCAAUGCUUUAUUGAUUCCAACAUGAGUGUUCUCCCCAAACUAGAUAGCAAAUACAGAAUGAUACAGCCUUGCGUGGCUGCAAUGGGGUUAAUAUAAAGUAGAUCCCUCCCUCCCCCUCCCCCUCUCCCUCCUGUUCUUGAAUAGACCUAGGAGAGGAGAAUACAUAUCGAUGAUACCCACUUAAGUGGACAGGAGAAAAUAACGAAAGAAAGUUGGUUCUGAGAAUGGCAAACCUUGACUAAAUGCACAAACUUUUUAAUACUGCAUUUUUGUAAACGGUACCUGUUGUCUGGGGUGCACAUGGCUAUGAAAGGCUUAUCUGAAGCUGUGGGUUGGCUUGCUUGCUUCUCUGAGCCCCUUGUCCAGUUCUGGGUGUACCCCCGAUCAUUCGCAAUGUGUGGAUGUAAAACAUUGACAGGUUUGAACUUUGAAAAUAUUGUACAUGACAGACUUUAGCUCCUGAGUUUGUGUAUCAAAACAAAGCUUGUUUGGAAAAUAGUUUUCACUGCAUCUAAGGUAGAAAUUGGACAUGCAGCUAUAUCAGAUACAGAUAAUAACCACUCCAGUCCACAACUGUGAUAGAGGUACUCAAAGAUUUGCAGUUAUGAGCAGACGUCUAAAUAUUAGCUUUGAGAUAUUUGUGACUCAAUAAACCUGAUUUCAUCCUCCUUUCCAGAUAUUCCAAACUUUAUGACACUAGCUCAUCUCAUUCAUUUACUUAAAUGCAGUUGCUGAAACGUAAUUUAUUUAAUUUUGGUAUGGAAUACAUGUGAUGAUAUUCAGCAACUCUUUAACAUUAGUAAUUGUGGCUUUCAUAUUUCUGAUGUAAAGGUGAUACAUAAUGCAAUUAUGAUAUUAAAGGUCAUCUAUGGUCUUAUAUUUUGAUAUCUUGGGUUCAUCAAGAAGUUGCAACUGCAAAGCAAAUAAUAUCACUUUGGAUCAUCUUUUUUCUCCCUUAAUUCUUGUUAUAUAUUUGCAUCAUUACAUGUGUUGGAGGUACUUGCUCACUAAAAGGCAGGGUAUUUUAUCAACAUUGCUACCACUCCCGUCUUAUAUUUUCAAUUGCGCCAUCUUUCUAUGAAGGCAUACAUGUACCCAGGUAUUACCAUUCAUAUGUAAUCAGUUGGUGAUGCAUUGUGGGACAUGACUGUCAAUGCAUAUGGACAUUGUUAACAGAUAAUGGAAGUAUAUGUAAAUCUGAAGUCGUGUCAGUAAAAUACCCUACCUUAAGUUUUUUAGUCAUGUACAUGUACUCAAAUAGUAAAUACCCACGACGGAUUUCAUUUUAGGUAAACAUGUUUGACCAAACUUUUGCUUUCUUAGGUACAAGUAAUUUUAUCUGUGUUAUUUUUUAAAUGAAUAGUAACUUGUGUAAAGAAUGUACAAACACAUGUAUUUCCAAAGUAAUGUUAGCAGCUGAACUUUGAAGUGCACAUCUUGUAUUCAUGUUACACUCAUUUUGUAUUCACAGUGAAAUAUAUGAGAAGUCACAAGGGCUUAUUGGUGGUAUGUUGUAUAAAAGAAGAAACAGGAUUAUUAUUCUAAUUAAUAUUAAUUGGUUUUACUCAAGAUAUAGCUGAUUCACCUGCCACUUACACAGAUAUAACACCAAUGUUUGAUUCAAUUGUUGCCCCUCUACACCAAAGUCAUCACAACAAUAUUAUGUGGUGGGGCAUUCAUUGGUAUUGCCUCUCUCCACUCAGGAGAGAUAUCUGAGCCUAUUAUGUGCGUUUUGCUACAGAUGUUAUGUAGCCAAUUAACUUCUGUUAUAUGUGAGCAUUGCUCUUAUUUGUUUCAAUAACUACAUGUCAAAAGCCCGAAAGCAAAAGCUAUUUAUUUUCCAUUGAUGUGACAUAAAUGUGUAUGCAACCGUCCUUUAUUUGAUGAAAUAUAGAUCUCUAUUUAUACACAGCUUUUCUCAACGUUGAGCAUUUUAGUCACUUUGAUAGCAAUGUCUGGAUCAAUGUUAUUUUUCUUUCAAGGAUCUUCGUUUUGAAUGAGAUAUUGGUGAUUUUCGCAGUUAUUAACUGUUCAACAAAGUACUACUGAAUGUACUUAAGUUAUUGAGCUUUAUUGUAGCGACAAGUUUUGUAUUAUUUUUCAAGUGUAUAGUUGUAAAAAAAGAAAAUGUAUUGUAAAUGCUAUUGCAGUGUUACAUGUAGAUAUUAUGUUGAUGGAAUUAUUAUCUAACAAGCCUUCUAAAUGAAAUUCAAAGAUACAGAAAUUACUAGCAAAAAAAAAAAUCAUUAUUGACCGAGAUUCUUGAAGUCUUUCACUUCACAAAUUCUUGCUGAUUGUGAAAAUAAAUCAAAUUUUUGUCUGUAAAACUAA